UAGGGGAAAAAAAUUCAUUGUUGUGUUUAUGAAAAAUAUUGUAUCUACAACAAAAAGAAUAUUUGUUACAUCUGAAAAUGGAGUUCAAAUGAACAUUUCGACCUCGCCGAAUCUGGACCCCAUGUUGAAGUCGCAGAUAGACCAAAGCAUUGAUAUUCCAUCAAAGAAAGAAUUGAUAGUACCCAGUACAAUCGAAUUGGACAUUUUCAAAAAAGAAGUAAAAUCUAUUUUUAUUGAAACAUCUGCUGAUGUUUUUGUAAUAAGUCACGACGAUGGAUUGUAUACAAUCGGAAGCACUACACAUAUUCCGUUACAUAAACUUUCCAACAAAUACGUUGUUAUAUCAAUGGAACCAUAUAGUUCUUGGAAAAGCCAGCUUGCCGUCACCGCUACUGUCGACAACACAACAAUCUCCAUAACUUUUAAAAUGAAAAGUAAUUUGCCUUUGAAUAUUGAAGGAAACACAUACUACAACGGAGGUGUAUUCAAUUUAUCACUCAAUCGUUAUGAGACUUACCAGAUUGCGCACGAUACCGAUUUAACAGGGACAUUUAUCGAGUCAUCGGCUCCAAUUGCAGCCUUUUCAGGCAAUGAUUGCAAUAAGCUUGAGAAUAUAGGCGCUUGCGAUCAUCUUAUUGAACAGUUGCCACCAACAGACAGUGUCGACAGUAUAUACAUAGUACCUCCAAACGCAAAUAAUAGGGGCACUUUAGUUCGUAUCACGUCAAUAGAAAGCUCAAAUACAACUUUUGUGAUUGGAAAUGUUACACAGUCCUUGUUCUUAAACAAACUAGAUCAUUUUGACGUUCGCAUUUCGAGCAAUCAGACUUGUUUCAUUACAUCUGAUCAGCCAAAUUUAGUCACGAGUUUUGGUUUAGCUCCAAUAAAUUCCACAAUGGGAGAUCCAUCCAUGACGAUUGUUCCUGGCUUCAACCAAUAUUUAAGUUUCUACAAAAUUGUCGUACCUUCAGGAUAUGACUUUGACUAUGUAUCGAUAAUGAUCAAACAUUCUUUCAAAGAUUCUUUCCGCAUCAACGGAACGGUGAUAAAAACAGCUGAUAUUGUUUUUGAGGAAGACGUGACAGCUGGCAAUCUUACAUUCAAUGUGAGAACAAUUCAAGUACCAGCAGGGGAGCUAACGGCUUACACAGUGGAUGAAGAAAAAUUCGGACUAAUGUUUGCAGGAGUUUCAUAUUCAAAAGCGUACGGAUUUUCCGGAAAUAUAUUGCUGCUUUGAGUGUGUUUUAAUGCUAUUUUGUUUCCAUUACAUUUUCUACUUGUUCUUAUGUUAAUGUAAGGCAAUAGGUCAAAUUAUUUUAUAACAGCGUAUUCUAAAGUGUUUAUUAUACCAUUCAACUGUUCAUAUAUGUCGAAAAAAAAUUAAAUAAUAUGUUAAAAGAUCAUACAAAUCGGCGAACAGCUGGGAAGUUUUUUUUGGAAAAUUAAUUACUUGCAUCCAUAGUUUUGUUGUUUUUCUUUUUCAUUUUCGUGUAAAGUCAUCUUUAAUGUACGCUACAGCAUGUACUUAAAGAAUAAAUAACUCCGUUUUGUUCUUUUGCAUUUAUUAUGAUAUUUAUUAUUUGAUUGCAUUAAUUUUUGAAACAUUCCCUUUUUAGUGUUUAUUUUAUAGAUACAUGUAUAUUUUGUUAAUUUUUGGGAGCUGAUUUUAAUCAACUCUCCUAUGCAGUUACUCCGGCAAACAGAAAGUGAAACAGUGUUUGGACCUAAGCACAAAUCAACACCGCUGACAACAUUUAGUUCUAAUCAAAAAAUUCGAUGUAAUGAG